AUGCAUAGGCGAGCGCAGCAAAUCAGCCGCAUCGUGAGUCUGGCCACCCUGGUACUGCUGGCCGGUGGGCCUGCCUACGGCGCCGGCUUCUCGAUCUACGAACAAGGCUCGAAAGCCAUGGGCAUGGCCGGCGCCUUCACCGGUCAGGCCGACGAUGGCUCGGCAAUGUUUCACAACAUCGCCGGCAUAGGCUUCAUCAAAGAGCGCGAGAUCCAGGGCGGCACGACCCUCAUCAGCCUCGGCUCGAGUGAGUUCACCGGCCUCGAUCCGUUCCCCGGCGCCGGGGUGCGCGAGGAGCAGGACAGCUUGCUGUUCUACCCCGCGCACGCCUACCUGGUACAGCCGAUCAACGAGCGCUGGACCUUCGGCUUCAGCUUCAAUAGCCCGUUCGGCUUGACCACGCGCUGGGCCAACAAGGAUCAGUUCACCGGCCGCUUCAUCAGCCUGCGUGGCGAGCUGCGGGUGGUCGACCUGACCGCCGGUCUGGGUUGGCAGGUGAGCGACACUCUGAGCAUUGGCGCCGGCGUCGGCCUGCGGGUUUCGGACGUCGAGCUGCUCCGCCGCGUGCCGGUGGUCAACCCGUUCACCCAGACCACCAUCGACGGCGCCAGCGUGCUACUCGACAGCGACAUCGAGCACGGCCUGACCUACCACUUCGGUUUUCUCCACCGGAUCGGCCAGCAGCUUUCCUGGGGCUUGACCUACCACGGCAAGACCGAGAUCGACUACGGCGGUUCGGCGCGCUUCGAGCAGUACUUCUCCGGCAAUCCGGUGUUCGAUGCGGUCGUCGCCAGCCGGAUCCCCUUCGACCAGGAUCUGCCGCUGGCCACCAGCGUCGAGUUUCCCGAUCAGGCUGUGCUGGGCGUCUCGGUCGGUUUGACCCAGCGCCUGCGCAUGAACGCCGAUAUCGGCUGGACCGGCUGGAGCACUUUCGACGAGAUCGUGCUCGAUUUCGUCGACAAUCCGGAAUUCAGCUCGGUGAUCCCCGAAGAGUACGAGGAUGUCUACUUCUAUCGCUUUGGCUUCAACUGGCAGUCGAGCGCCAACGUCGCCUGGCGUUUCGGCUAUGUGAUCGACGAAUCGCCGCAGCCUGACACUUCGGUGGGUCCUCUGCUGCCCGACGCCGACCGCGACGGCAUCACCUUGGGUCUGGGCUGGAAGAACUUCGACUUCGCCCUGAUGUACCUGAAGUUCGACGACCGCACCACGACCGUCAACGACAACAACUUCAACGGCACCUACGAAACCACCGGUUGGCUGCUCGGCCUGACCAUGACCCUGUAA